AAUAAAUCUUAUUUUUAAUGUGGUUUGGAUCAAAAAAAUAGAACGUUAAUCAAAAUGGUUAAUAAUUUGUGGCUCAUAGACAUAAGGCAGCUAAUUAAUAAGGUAGGUGUAUGUAUAAAUAAGAAUUUUAGGAGGUCUUUCAUUGUCAUAUGGUGAAGAGAAUUCUGAAACAUAGAAGGUGGCAGCAAAUGUGUUUAAAUAAUUGGGUAGUAAAUUAAUGACUGGUAAUUUUGGAUCAAUGAUGUAAAUAAGCAAGCCUAUUGCAAUGUCAUUGGAUAUGAGUUUUUUACAUGGAGUAGCGUUGUAAGAAAAAAGAAUAUAAAAUUAGAGGACAUACAUAUAGUAAUUUAUUAGAGAGAUGUAGCAAAUUAUCAGCAUUAGAAUAAAUAAAAUAUAUAUCAGCAUAUUAUGUAAUAAGAAUUUAUAUUAAUAUGAUUAGGUAUCAGGAAUGCAUUGUAAUGGAGAGUAUACAAAAAUGAAAUCACCUUUAGAUCCAUUGGUAGGUGAGACAUUAUAAGUAAUAAUAUACAAAAUAAACAUGUAGUUGGUUAAAGAAGAUGGAACAUAAUUUUAUGCAGAAUAAACUAGUUAUGAUCCACAAGUUUGUUAUUAUUACAUACAAGGAAACAAUUAUAAAAUAUAUGGUAAUGACAGGUUAGAUAUAUAUGUUCAUAAGACGGUAAAUUCAUUAACAGGUGUACAGAAUGGUAGAUAGACAAUAUAAUUUAAUAAUGGAGCAAUUUACAAAUGUAUGUAAAGACCCACUAUGUAAAAAUUAUAUAGUAUGUAUCAAUAGGGAAAUAACAGGAUUAGUAAUGGGAGAAAGAAUAUUGAAUUGGUAAGGUAAAAUGAUAGUAGAAGGACCUGGAGUUAAAUCUGUUAUAUCAUUUAAUUAUAAUACUGAAGGAAUGUUAUCUAAAAUUACUUCAUUCUUUAAAUCAGCAGAAUAAGCUAAAAUUUAUGAUAUUGUAGAAGUUGAUAUCUUUUCAGUUGAAAUUGAUGAAAAUGGAAAAAAAAUUGAGUAAUUUUUUAAUAUUAAUAAUUUUAUAGAACAUUAUUAUAAUAAGGAAUUGGAUCAUGGUUAGAAGGUUUGAUUUUUGGAGAAGAGAAUAUUUGGUAAAUUGAUGAAGUAAAAAUGAAAUGGAAUUCACCAUCAGAAGUUUUAUUGUCUGAUACUACUAAAAGAUAAGAUCUUAUCUUUAUGAGAAAUUAAUAAAUGGAAGAUGCAUAAAAGUAUUUAUAUAUAUAUCAUAAAUAGAGCUAAAUUACAAUUAGAAGAAUAGAAUUAUAAGGACAUUGAAAAUAGAAGAAAAAAAUAAUGAAUAUAUAUCAUUUAAACACAAUAAAAUGU